AUGGCCUUGCUGCCGCAGAUUUGUGGGACGGUAGACCUCGGGGGAUCUCGAGUUUGCGACCCAAACCGCAUCAAAAUUGGCGGGUCGUUCACCAUUGAGAUCUGCGCGGAGAACCGAGCAAUACAGAAUUACCAGCUUCUUCACGACCAAAACGAGGAGUACGAGGUGCCAAAAAUGGAUGCUGUCCUUGUCGCAGAUUCGGAGAUUCAAGUUUUUAUUCCCCGCGAUGGCCGCUUCAGCUACGGUGAUGUGGUCGAGUUCACGGAUUUCCGGCAGAAUGCAAAUGCACCGUCCGCCAGCUUUGAGAUCUAUGACGCAAGCAGUGAAACAAGCUCUCCCUGCGACGCGCCGUCCUUUGCGUGCGGAACUAUCAAACUGACCAAUGCAGUUUCGCUUUCUACCACUGGUCUGACAUGCCUAGGGCAAGUCGUGGGGAUAGCGAGAGAUUAUCCAGGUGAUUUCAGCUCGACGCCAGUGGAGACCAAUGGCUUCUUUUACGCCUUUGCGAAGAGCGGCAGAGACGACCUGGAAAACAAAGACAGCGACCAGCAGUUCACGGAAGGCCUCGACGAGUACCUCGAAGGCGUGACCGUCUUCAUCACCAACGGACAAGUCACUUACACCGUCGUCACCGACGCGAACGGCUUCUACAGCCAGGAGCUGCCGUCGGCGGGCGAGUGGACUGUGGUCAUCGAUAAACGGUCCUUCGCUCUGCUGAACAUGAGGCAGACUUUCGGCGCCGAGUCCACAAUCGUCGAGGUGCCACCCGGCGGGGUGGGGAGGGACCUAGACGGCUUCACGCAGCCCUCGUCUCUGAGCGGCACGAUCUUCAUGGACGCGGGCGUCAUUGGAUACUACGAUCCCGACAUCGACGACGAGGGCCUCGAAGGCGUGACCGUCAUCAUCACCAAGGGAGACGUCACGUACACCGUCACCACAAACGCCGACGGCAACUACGCUCAGGAGGUCCUUCCCGGCGAGUGGACCGUCACCAUUGACACGUCCACGCUGCCGCCUGGGCUCGUGCAGACGAUGGGCGAAACUCCCACAGUUGUAUCUGUGCCAUACGGGGGCGUGGGCACCGACCUGGACGGCUUCGGCUACGUCUUCGAGAACAAAGACAGCGACCAGCUGUUCACGGAAGGCCUCGACGAGUACCUCGAAGGCGUGACUGUCGUCAUCACCAACGGACAAGUCACUUACACCGUCGUCACCGACGCGAACGGCUUCUACAGCCAGGAGCUGCCGUCGGCGGGCGAGUGGACUGUGGUCAUCGAUAAACGGUCCUUCGCUCUGCUGAACAUGAGGCAGACUCUCGGCGCCGAGUCCACAAUCGUCGAGGUGCCACCCGGCGGGGUGGGGAGGGACCUAGACGGCUUCACGCAGCCCUCGUCUCUGAGCGGCACGAUCUUCAUGGACGCGGGCGUCAUUGGAUACUACGAUCCCGACAUCGACGACGAGGGCCUCGAAGGCGUGACCGUCAUCCUCACCAAGGGAGACGUCACGUACACCGUCACCACAAACGCCGACGGCAACUACGCUCAGGAGCUCCUUCCCGGCGAGUGGACCGUCACCAUUGACACGUCCACGCUGCCGCCUGGGCUCGUGCAGACGAUGGGCGAAACUCCCACAGUUGUCUCUGUGCCAUACGGGGGCGUGGGCACCGACCUGGACGGCUUCACCAUCGAGCACGUCAUCUACGCCAUCGUGCACGGCUAUCCCGACAGCAAGUUUUGGAAUACGUGGGCCGAUGGAGCUGUCAACGCAAUCCCGCCGUGCACAACGGAGCUGAUUUUCCUGACAAUGGGCUACCAAGUUGAUAAAACCGUGCAAGAGAUCCAGGCAGCGUGCCAAGAUGCUCGCACAGACGCCAUAAUCGUCACCGUCCCAUAUGAGGAUCCGGAAGACGUGACGAAAAUGAUCAAUGCCAUCAACUCUUGCGCGAAGUCCAGCCUGACGUUUUACCUCACCAACACUGACGAGGCCUGGAAAUACGGUAGUGACAACUACGCGCCGAGCGAGUAUGAACCGAUCCCAAAGGUCGCCAAUGAUUGGAGCGGCUACGCUGGGAGCUUUAGUUACGAAAUGGGCGAGGUGUGCGGCCGCUUCAUCCUCAGCAACGACCUGGAUUCCGCGCUUGAGGGCAAGUCAUCGACAAGCACUGCAAAUGCGAUGUCCUUCUGGACCACAUCGCCCUUGCGCUUAACUCAGAUUCCCAUCUACCAAAUAUACUUGUUGGCGAGGGAGGUGAACAAUACCGGGAUCGUCAUGAGGUCAAAGGGUAUCGUGGACGCGAUGGGCACCAACAGGAUUUGCGGCCCUUCCGAUGAGCCGGUCACGACAACUGGGGGGACAGCAGACGAGGAGUCUUUGUGCACCUUCCCGUUCGAGUACAAGGGUAUAACGUACAGCGAGUGUACAAAGGUCGACAACGGCAACAUCGCCUGGUGCUCUCUUGACACGGAGUAUGACCUUCGAUGGGGCAAUUGCGUGUGCGACGGAUCGACCGUCGGAGUCGUCAGCAAUCAAAAUGAACUCGACACCUCGAACUUCAUCAUCGCUCUCGGGGUGGACGCGGCGCAAGCACUCAUCGAUCAGGGCAUCUCCCCAUCUUUCCAGUGCGGCGACGAUCAAGACAGGACCACACUGCCCUUUUACGGCCAGACACCGUACACACAGGGGGCCGCGGCGGCUAUGCAGCAGUACGCAACCAUCAUCAAGGAGGAGUACAUCCCCUCGGGCCUUGCUACGUCAGCCAGCGGAAACGGGUUGUGCGCCGCGGAGGCCGAGACGGAGCCAUGCGAUUUCUUGACACACCCUUACACGCCUGCGUCGUGCCCGCUCCGCCUCACCACCAUCACGCACGCAUACGAGGACUCGCCAUUUUGGUCAAGGUGGAGAGAAGCGUCGACGACGGCGGCGCAAGACUUUACUCACACGUAUGUCGCCACUGCAUACGACGUGUCUCGCCAUGUCGCUGCCAUCAAGGAGGCGUGCGAGAAGCAGGACCCGUCGGAGGACGCAAUCGUUGUUACCGUCCCAUAUCCUAAAGGCGAGGGCUACGAGGAGGUCGACCAAGCCAUCAACGACUGCUUGAACCUUCGCCCCACCCUUCCGAUCGUGACGACCAACACUGACAGCUACCACAACCCGAGAGUGCUCAGCUAUGUCGGCUCGGAAAACUACGCGAUUGGCGAGGUUUGCGGCCGAGCUGUCUUCACCGACGACCCUGCGGUGAUGCAGGGCAGCAGACCGCUGGUUCUCUCGUCGUCUGUGAUGACGAGGCGUGCAGUCGUAUACCAAAGGCAGGAGGAGCUCCUAAACGAAGGUAUCAACAACCGCUACCGCGCCAUCAACAAGACGGUCUUUGAUGCCAAGGCGGUGUACGGGGUCUUGCGCUUUACAACGCCGUCCGAUGUGGCGAGCUACAUAAGCGGUCUCCAGGUUGGCGACCGUGAUGCUGUCAUUAUGGUGCUUGGGUACGAUGCGGUGGUCGACAUGCGGGCAAGUGGGGUUCGGGUCGACUUUGCGUGCGGCGACGACAUGGACGACACCAUUCCGCACUAUGGACAGCACGUCUGGUCACAGGGCGUGGGCUCCUCGGGUCAGGCAAUUACCGCCGCGCGCGCAGAGUGGCCCAACAAAGACAGCGACCAGCAGUUCACGGAAGGCCUCGACGAGUACCUCGAAGGCGUGACCGUCUUCAUCACCAACGGACAAGUCACUUACACCGUCGUCACCGACGCGAACGGCUUCUACAGCCAGGAGCUGCCGUCGGCGGGCGAGUGGACUGUGGUCAUCGAUAAACGGUCCUUCGCUCUGCUGAACAAGCCGUCGCUGAGGCAGACUCUCGGCGCCGAGUCCACAAUCGUCGAGGUGCCACCCGGCGGGGUGGGGAGGGACCUAGACGGCUUCACGCAGCCCUCGUCUCUGAGCGGCACGAUCUUCAUGGACGCGGGCUUCAUUGGAUACUACGAUUCCGACAUCGACGACGAGGGCCUCGAAGGCGUGACCGUCAUCAUCACCAAGGGAGACGUCACGUACACCGUCACCACAAACGCCGACGGCAACUACGCUCAGGAGCUCCUUCCCGGCGAGUGGACCGUCACCAUUGACACGUCCACGCUGCCGCCUGGGCUCGUGCAGACGAUGGGCGAAACUCCCACAGUUGUAUCUGUGCCAUACGGGGGCGUGGGCACCGACCUGGACGGCUUCACCCUCUUUGACCCCCCGUCGCCGCCUCCGUUUCCGCCGCCGGCCGCCCCUCCUCCCACUGCGCCUUGCGGUGAACAUGUGUCCCAGAUCGAAGAGCUGCGUGUGGAACUGACACGUAUCGUGCAGGAGCGGGACCUCGCAAUGGCAGCGGCCACCACGUGCCAACGGGAAGUGGGCGUCUUGCGAAUUCAACUACAGCAGCUGCAGCUCGAGAACUUUUACCGGGUGUUCCCCACGCUGGCCCCACCACCUCCAGCGUAG